CUAAUCAAGUAAUUAACCUUCAUUAUUCUUCAAAAUUUCAGUAGUCCCAAAAGAAGAGACAUUAGAUUUUGGAAGGAUAAGCUAGUCACUUAAUCCACAAUUCUACACCUCUCUACUGGCUAAGGCUCACAAAAUCCCAAGCUAAGAAGACACCAUAACAAUCAAUGGAGUAAGCAACUUCAAACUCAGAAAAAUUUCAACCCAGAAACAAAAACCAGACCUCAAAACUUCAUCUCCCAUGUCUACUUCAUCCUUACCACUUCCCUUACCACUCCCACCCAACAAUCUCUCAUCUCACAGGCAACUUCCCAGUUCACAAUUUUCUCUCUUAGAUCCACUUCUACCUUCCCUUGAUGAACCCCAAAAAGCCCUUAAAACCCCAACAAUUCGUACCCGUUUAAGCCAACUUUGCAGAGAUGGUCAACCCCAUAUUGCCCGCCAAGUGUUCGACGCAUUGCCUAAACCAACUACUGUUGUUUGGAACACUAUAAUUAUUGGGUUUAUUUGUAACAAUCUUCCCUUUGAUGCCCUUUUGUUUUAUUCUCGAAUGCGGUCUAAUUCUUCUACUAAAUGUGAUUCUUAUACAUACUCUUCUGUUCUUAAGGCUUGUGCUGAUACCCGGAAUUUGAGGGUUGGUAAGGCUGUUCAUUGUCAUGUUAUAAGGUCUCAUAUUCAUGCUAGUAGAAUUGUGUAUAAUUCUUUGUUGAAUAUGUACUCUACUUGUCUUGCUAGUACUGUUGUUUCGCAAUAUAUCGAGGUUGAUCCUGUUCGUAGAGUGUUUAAUACUAUGAAGAAGAAAGAUGUUGUUGCUUGGAAUACUUUGAUUUCUUGGUUUGUGAAAACUGAGAGGUUUGGUGAGGCUGUUAGGUAUUUUAGGUUGAUGAUGAUCAUGGGUAUUAAACCUACCCCUGUUAGCUUUGUUAAUGUGUUCCCGGCUGUUUCGGGUGUUUGUGAUUACAGGCUUGCCAAUGUUUUAUAUGGGAUGCUUGUCAAGUUUGGUGGUGAAUAUGUUGAUGACUUGUAUGCUGUCAGCUCAGCAAUUGUUAUGUUCUCAGAUAUUGGUUGUCUUGAUGUAGCAAGGAAGUUGUUUGAUGGGUGUUUGAACAAGAAUGUUGAGGUAUGGAAUAGCAUGAUUGGUGGGUAUCUGCAGAACAACUGUUACAUUGAGGCACUUGAUGUUUUCGUCGAGGCUCUUAGUUCAGAGCAUGUUUCACUAGAUAAUGUUAGUUAUAUUUCAGCUUUAAACACUGUCUCACAAAUGCAGCAAAUGAAUAUUGGUCAGCAGCUGCAUGCUCUAGUAUUGAAGAAUCCAACAACUUUGUCUGUCACUGUACUAAAUGCAGUUAUUGUUAUGUAUUCAAGGUGUAAUUAUAUUCACGAAGCCUUUAAGGUUUUUGAAGGGAUGGCUGAAAGAGAUGCUGUGUCAUGGAAUACUAUGAUUACGGCUCUUGUGCAGAAUGGGAUGGAUGAUGAAGGACUGAUGCUUGUUUAUGAGAUGCAGAACCAGGGGUUUGUUGUUGAUGCAGUAACAGUUAUAGCCAUACUCUCAGCUGCAUCAAAUCUCAGAAGUGAGUUCAUCGGGAAGCAGACUCAUGCUUAUCUAAUAAGGAAAGGCAUUGAGUUUCAGGGCAUGGACAGCUAUCUAAUAGAUAUGUAUGCUAAAUCUGGUUUAAUAGAGAAGGCACAACUACUAUUUGAAAUAAGUGAUGAGCUAAGUAGAGAUCAAGCAACAUGGAAUUCCAUGGUAUCUAGUAACACACAGAAUGGGCUAAUAGAAGAGGCUUUUGCUGUAUUUCGCCAGAUGCUUAAGAGAAAUGUUCUUCCAAAUGCGGUUACCAUGGCAUCUAUUCUUCCAGCUUGUAGUCAAAUUGGGAGUAUUGCAUUGGGUAAGCAAAUCCAUGCCUUUGCUACCCGCCACACCCUAGACCAAAAUGUGUUUGUUGGCACUGCUUUAGUAGACAUGUAUUCGAAGCUUGGGGCAAUUGCUUCUGCUGAAAACAUGUUUGCUUUGAUUCCCACUAAGAGUCCUGUUACGUACACUAACAUGAUAUUGGGCUAUGGGCAACAUGGAAUGGGAGCUAGAGCUCUUGCCUUAUUCGAUGAAAUGCAGAGUGCAGGUGUAAAACCUGAUGCAGUCACUUUCAUUGCAGUAUUAUCUGCAUGCAGCUAUGCUGGGUUGGUUGAUGAAGGUCUUAGUAUUCUGGAGUCAAUGGAGAUAAAAUAUGGACUUGAACCUUCUAUUGAGCACUAUUCUUGUGUGGUGGACAUGUUAGGAAGAGAUGGAAGAUUGAGUGAGGCCUUUGAGUUGGCUGAACAAUUGGGCGAGGUAGGUAGUGCAAUCCAAGCUUGGGGAUCACUUCUUGCAGCUUGCAAAACUCACAGACAAUAUGAUUUGGCAAAGAUUGUUGCCGAUAAAUUACUCAAUAUGGAAUCUAGAAAUAGUAGGAGUGGAUACCAUGUACUGUUAUCAAACUUAUACUCAGAUGAAGGGUAUUGGGACCUUGCUGAUAGAGUCAGAAAAGAGAUGCAAGAGAGAGGUGAGAGGAAGGAAGUUGGCUGCAGCUGGAUAGAGACUUUUGGUCGUGUUAACUAUUUUGUGUCUAAGGAUAGGAAGCACCAAGAAGGUGAGUAUGUGUAUGAGAUGCUGGCAAAGUUAGCUUCUAAUAUGGAGGAUGCAGGAUACACUCCCCUUUGUUACGGUGAUACACAGAUGGACUAGAUAUCUCAUGGUGAUAAUUGAGGAGAUGGAAUUGAAGGAGUUGUGCAGUUUAAGUUGGUUCAGUUAGUAUCUAAUUAUGAUCCCCUGCUCCAAGAUAAGCUUCUAUCAAAGUGCUGGUUCAAAGUAAAAGUCUCAUGCACUUAGUGAUGUAGUAAGCUGCCCACUUUUUCCUGUCUUACUGGACUUGAAGCUGAUUUUCUUUGUUACGUUGAGGGGCGAUCAGUGUUAAUACACUUCUGUUACUAAGGAUUUUCGGACAUGGCAAGUCUUUUUCUGGCUCAGAAAAAGGGAAAUUAAAAGGUGGAAGUUUG